UAAAGUUUUUUUUAUAUUGCUUUUUUCACAAAACAAUGAAAAUCUUGCACGUUCAACUAACAUAGCUCGAUUAGCUCGGCUAUAUUAUCAUGAACUGUUCGGAGUGUACUAGUUCCGAUUCUGACCACUGGUAGCGUGACCGCUAAUAUAGCGCGUGACAUGCAUAAUCCCUUAACGCUAUCAUUAAACGGUCUUUAACGUUCCGCGUCAUUCGUUUCUCGAAAAAUCUAUUUAGUUUUUACAGUAAUCAAUGCACACUAGUGCACUACUCACUCCGAACUUCGAUUGUCUUUUUGACAUUGCGUCCUUGCUGUGAUGAAAAUCUGCAAUAUUGUAAAUUUCCAGUUGAUAUCGUUUGCGUCUUUUUGAUCGAGUCAAUCUCGGAGUUAUCCGACUGCAUUUAUUGAUUCCGCUCAACUCGAUAUAUAUUAAUAUACUACCACCACUUUUCUAGAAUAUACAUUAUCAAACACCACCAAAUCUUCAAUUGUCGAUACGUGGUUAAUUCAUUUGAUAACAUAAUGGAAGAAAAUUUCAAUUUCAACAUAGGUGACAGUGUGUUAGUUUACUGUAAUAGUUUGCUGUAUGAAGGUAUAUGUAUGAAACGGGGCAAGACCGAGUUUGGAUACAAGCAAUACUUUAUUCAUUACAAAGGAUGGAACAAGCAUUGGGAUGAAUGGGUACAUGAAGUUGAACUAUUAGAAAUGAAUGCCAUUAAUUAUGGUCACAAACAGAGAUUACAGGAGAAAUAUGAUGAAAAAAAAAAAGAACUCAAGGAAAUAAAAAAUAAAAAAAAAAUUGUAAAAACUAAUAAAAAGAUUAAUGAGUCUUCGAUGAAAAAAAGAGGCCGACCAAAGAAAGCAGUUGGUAUAUCUAAUAGUAUCACUAUUGAUGAAAAUGUCAAGGACAAAAAUCAGUUUCAAAAUAAUGACGUAAUUAGAAGAAGUACUGCUAAUACUAGUACUAUGAGAAGCGGCAUUGAAACAACAAACAAAACUAAAAACCUUAAAAUUCAGUCAUCAAAAAUACAAUUACAGUAGAACCUCGAUUAGUAUUGAGAACGUUAAUAUAUUUGAUAAUCAAAAUAGGUUUAUUAUACUAAAAUAAUAAAAUAUUUAUUGUAUUAUAAAUUAAUGAUUUUAAAGUACAUAUGUUAUAUAUAGUUAAUAAUGCGUAUUUAGUUGUAUUUCUUUUUAGUUGGUUAUUUACUAGUUAAUGCGUAUUGGGGGUAAUACUGUGGAUGCCGCUUAUAAGACACUUUGGGACCAGCACAAAGUGAGUCUUAUAACUGGAUGAAUCUUAUAGACGAA